AUGAGCCCACAAGGGCAGUUUUUUGCUCGCAAAACACGUCGCACCGCUAACGCGUGUAUUCCUUGCCGCCAAAGUAAAAUUAAGUGCUCUGGCGAGGAGCCGUGCGCAAACUGUGAACGCCGCUAUGUCAAAUGUCGGUUUGAGGACAGCGGUGGCAACAAGGUCACAGUUUCCCAGAGAUAUCUGCGAGACCUGCAAAGGCAGGCCAAUCAUGCACGGAGCCAAAGCUCAGCGCAGUGCCAACAAGGUCUGCCGGCAAAGGAAGCGCAGCUCCUCCCGCAAUGCACUUCCUCACCAUCCGGCUCAAUACAGUAUCCGACAUCAGACGAUACCACCUUGCAAAAUGAACCCACAGCAAGUUCCAGUCUACACAAACAGCCCGCUCUGGACCUUCUCGCGCCGAUCAAUGCAGAUGAAGCAUAUAGCAUUUGGACGAGCCCUUUCCAGUAUCCAACGACAACGCUAAGAUACAAGUACAAGAAUAAGCGCAACUGGAUCUGGCUAGCCCCCGCCUCGACGUGGUCCUUCACCACUCGCCUCACAAUCCUGCUGACUGACAAGCUGGACCUGGAGCCCCCCGGGACUCCCACCAAGCAUUUCGACGAAAUCUACCCACUGCAGUGGAACAGUCUUCCGCCCGAUAUUAUCCCUGACAUCACCGGCCUGCCCUCCCUGGAUCACGCACUAUAUCUGUUCAACACCGUGCGAUUUCAUUUCGGCCAAAACUAUCGUUUCUUCGACGAAAAAGCCUUUGUCGAAAACACGCGCGAGUUUUAUGCCAGCGGCGCUGCCAAAAUGGCGUCGGAGCAUCGCCUCUGGUUUGCUCAGUUUCUUCUCGUCAUGGCUUUCGGGAAAGCCUUCUUGUCUGGACCGCAGCUGUUGGAUGAACCGCCUGGUGCUCGCUAUUUCAUUCGCGCAAUGUCUGUCAUGCCCGAAAUAACAUGUGUCUGGAAAGAUAGCCUGUUGGCUAUAGAAGUUAUGGCUCUGAUUGGUCUCUAUCUUUACGCCAUUGAUCAAAGGGAGUCAGCCCACGUCUACGUUGCGCAAGCAGUCCGCAUUGCUCAAAUGGAAGGCUUACAUACACAGCUACCCGAGGAUGAGCUCGGUAUUGAGACCGUGUCUCGGUGUCGCAAUCUUUGGUGGAUGCUGUACAUUAUCGAUAGACACUUUUCGUCAUCCCUUGGUGUACCGAUGACAACACCAGACAGCGACAUUACCACCCAGUUUGAAGAGGCCGAAACAAAUGGGCUAGUGCAACAUGCGUCCACGCUCCGACUUCAAGUAAGCCUAUCGCAACUGCUAUCCCACAUUAUAACAACUAUAUAUCGGAGUGAGAAGACGCAGCUCGGCGUCUUCCUUGAUGCGACCAGGUCAAUUCUAGCUUCUAUGGUAGCGCACGCCCAAGAGAUUGAACAGAUUGUCCAAUUGGAAGUUUCUAGCUCUGUAGAGGCAAUGUCUCGAGAGACACGUCAUAUUACACUAUUAUAUCACCAGUGCGUGAUUAUCGCCACACGGCCUGUUCUACUUUCUGUCUUGAAAGAACGCCUGGAGAAGUUGAACGACGGCAAAGAAGAUUGGCGAAGCUUUCUAAAUCUCACGAAACCCCUCAUCUCGACAGGCAUCAAGUCUGCCGUCAAAACUGCACAAAUCUUAUCGGCGGAAGACGGUCUGCUCGAACAUUUUCUUCCAUUCGACCUCGAGUUCACAUACGGCGCAGCAAUCUAUCUCGCCAUGGCCAACGCGCUUUUUCCUGCGACAGAGGACAGCACCCUGUACAGCCGUACUGCCCAAGAUAUCCUCAAUGAAAUGACGGAAAAAGGAAACAAAAUCGCCGCCAUCCGCAAAAGGGAGUUUUACAUCCUGCAGGCACUUCUCGCCGAGCUGUCUACACGGGCGGAAAAUAGCGGCUUGCAGACUCUCACCCUUGCCACUCCGGAGCUAGCAGAGUUUGGACCGAGACAGCAACCACAUGCGCCACGAUCCGUGCAGUCAACUCAUGCCUCACAGCAAGAUAGGGUUCUCGCAGCCUCUACGGCUUUACAGGGAGCCAAUACUCUGCUGCCCGUCUUUAGCGACAUGCGCUCCCCUAUGUCUCUUCAAAUGGAACCUCUCAAUAACGAGUUUCUUGAUAACAUAGGCAUUUCGUCGUAUGAGUUUUUCAAUUUGGUAGAACAGAUGGGCAGCCAGGACGCUCUCUUUCCCACACCUUUUUAA